AUGAGGAGUGGAACCAGGAGGAGGUUUUCGUUACGGAACUCACGAGUUCCAUCAGUAGAGCCGCAGACUCCGCACGCUGCUCCCGAACUCCGAACUGGAUUUACUGCGACAACAAACCGCCCCGAUGUGCAACAUGACUGUUGAAGAAAACAGCGCAGAUCAUUCUUCACAGAGGAUGGUGUCGGUGGCUGAAGCGUUAGAGGAGGUGCUGACCUCUGCCUUGCCUCAGAAUUGCAUCACGGUUGGAGUCUACGAGGCUGCGAAGUCACUCAACGCCGAUCCAGACAACGUGGUGUUGUGUCUGCUGGCCACAGACGGCGAGGAGGAGGACGUGGCUCUGCAGAUCCAUUUCACCCUAAUCCAGGCGUUCUGCUGCGAAAAUGACAUCAACAUCCUGCGAGUGAGCAACAUGAGACGUCUAGCAGAAAUCCUGGGUGGAGGGAAACCCAUGGAGGAGCCCAUGGACCUGCACUGUGUUCUAGUUACUAACCCUCAGUCGUUGCUGUGGAAAGAUCCUGCACUGAGCAAAGUCAACAGAUUCUGCAGAGAGAGUCGCUGCUUGGAUCAGUGGGUGCCCGUCAUUAACCUGCCCGACUGAGGAAAUCUGGCCUGGAAUAUUUAUGUACCUUGUGCAGUUUAGAGGGGAAAAAAGAAAAAAAGUAACAUGUUCAAGUCUGUGUUGGACUUGUCUUUGGAAAGAGGCCUCAGAGAGACGGAGGAGGAAGAGAAACGUUUCCAACUACUUUAACCAGGUCAGGGUGAACCCAUGUGGGCCGGGAGGAAGAGUGACUCAGCAGUCUCGGCUCCAGGAUUUCCAAAGUUUGACCACACCUUUCUCUGCAGUGAAAGGGAAGAGCCUUUUACGGGAAACUUGAGUCAUGUGGGCACACAAGAAACACGUGGGGAAGCACAGGCACAGGCACAUGAAUGACCAAAAGCCAGAGAUGGACAGCUGGAGUCCUCACUGACGAGACUUAAUAAAAUAAAAGAGCCUGACCACACCACACUGGACUGGAGCAGUUCAGCUCCCUGAGGGAACAAUCCCUUUAACAUUGAAUUGACCAAAAUCCAAGCAUAUUUAUUUAAUAGUAUUUAAGAUUUGUCACUUUGAUAACAUGGAAAAAAAGGGAACUUUGCACACUUUGUUGUUAUUGUUAUUAUCUCAAGGGCACUGCAAUGUUAAGAUGUGUCCACUAACUGAUGUUUUUUAUUAUUUUAUGUAUUAUUAUUAUUAUUAUUAUUCUUGAUAACAAUUCAAUGAGUUAUAUUUAUUGUGCAUAGUUCAUGGAGUUUGCUACGGUGACUUGAAUAAACCAUCAAAAACA